GUUUUCCCAGUGUCCAUAAAACAUUACUCGGCACCCAUAACCUUGCACAGUACAAUUUCAAGGAUAAAAAUUCCGGCACCAAGGCCACGAUUAGAAGCGUCCGUUGAGUCUGCUAUCAGGACCACAGUGUCCUUAUCAAUAUCUGCUGAGAAAACGCGCAGACAUUUUCCGGCGGUUAAAUACCCUAUUGACUGCACUACGUGUUAAUUCGGCUGUUUGCAAAGAGCAAACUUGGUAUUCACAAGUCAUCUGAAAAAUGAACAAGCGUUAAAUGAAAAAUGAGUUAAUCACCCUAUACAAAAAUCGCAACGAAAUUUACCGAUAUAGCACAAAAAAGAUGUCGCCUAGCAACAAGUGUGACGCACGUCACAAUCGAGAAUUAUCAAGUUAUGUAAUUAUCGAUUCGGCCGAUUAAGAGCCGAUUAACAGGAGAAAGAUGGCUGGUCCUGCCUUCGCCGUUUUUGUGGCGUUCACCUUCGUGUUCGGUUUGAUGGCUCAGGCCCUUACAAUCACGAUCUUCGUGCGCGACGAGAACCGCCACUUCAAGUUAUCACCGUAUUUUGUGAACCUGGUCGUGUGCAACCUGCUACUUCUGCUAUCAAGUUACCCACUCGCGUUCAUCGCGUCAGUGAAGGACGCUUGGGUCGGAGGAGAGAUCGCAUGUCAAGCGUCCGGCUACAUCGUUAGCGUAGCGGCCGCUGUCUCAUUUGUCACGAUGGCAUUUUUCACGAUGGAAAUCUACCGCCAUGUAACUAAAACCGACAUCACCAUCAACGAGAGAAUUCAAACAAAGCGCUGCGGAAAGACUGCAAAGAUCAUAAGUUUUAUUUGGGUCUAUUCCUGUGUGUGUGUCGCUCCUCCUUUGCUUGGAUGGAGCUCCAUGACCGAGCAAUCAGGCCACACCAACUGCGCCCCGGACUGGGUCACCCAAGACGCGGAAGGUCUCAGCUACCUUAUCUUUCUAGUCAUCGCCGUUUUUCUGAUCCCUAUGGCAGUGACCGCGAUGUUUUUUAUCAAGCUGUACCGGUACUUCCACAAUCCGCAGAUAGAUGUCAACGCCACUCCAUCGUUCCUGUUGAAGAUUGAGCGCUACAAGAUGACGCUGAAGGUCGUGUUCGCUGCGAUAUUGGCAAACGCGUUGUGUUGGUCGCCUUACGCCCUGUACAGCCUCGUGUCAAGUUUCAAGGGGGAGGAAAUGGUGACGGGAUAUCAAAGCCUCAUACCAGCCCACUUCGCCAAGAUCAGUGCAGUUGUUAACCCUAUCGUCUAUUGGAUUUUCAACCCACGCUUCCGCAAAACAGCCAAGCAAAUUAUCAUGUGCUCAUUGAACAAAGUCCAGCCUGCACCAGCUGAAGAUGACGACCAACCGUCCAACUGACACUACCCAGCAGGACGUAGCCACAACUAUGACUCCCACUCAUUUGAAAUAUCAUCAUACUCUUAAAACAAGACCCGCACAAACCUUAAUUAACCUCCAAUCAAACCAGACAAUAGAUGUGAGAUUCAAAAAUCAUUCGCCAAUCAUUCGCAUUCUUACCCUAAUUUCCGAUCGUUUGAUUACGUUGCUUUAAAUCCACCAACGUUUUAUAAAUCCACCGCCAGGAAGCCAGAUGAUUGACUACGAUUAGAACCGACAGAAAAUCGAUUUUUGGGCUUAUUGACUCCGAUUAGAACCGACGGAAAAUCGAUUUGGUCUCAACUGCGUGUGAUCAAGUAGAAGUGUAAAUGAGCCAGUAAAAAUACAACCAAGCAUUAAAGGAUUGGAAAGACAAACAAAAAAAAUAUAGAAAAAUGCAAAAUAAGUCUGGCAUGUUUUAGCGAUAGCCGAGCUCUAUAGAUCCCCUAAUCCCGAAGGAAGACCGCUUUCACUGGAUCUCGAUGAUGAAAAGCAUAAAAAGCGAAUCUUUUCUUAAUGAAGCGUUUAAGCUGGUACAUACGGAGACGAAGCGGCAUAUUCCCUAAAGAUCUCAAACGCAAAAGUGUUUCCGGUGACGCUAGAAGAACUAGAACUUUGCGAUUGCCGCGGAUUGAUCGUUAUAUAACCACGACCAGAAGCCAACAAAAAAGGACUACUGAAUAGCAACUUACCCAUCAUCCAACGCGAUGUUGUUAACUGUUGACAUGGCAACCUCAGAAACAAUUGUUUCCCGCGCUGCAACCUUUAAAAGCUCCUCCAUGACUCUGAGGAAGAAAGAGGUUAAGGCUAUGGUCAAGGAUGUACGUCAGGAGGCGCGUGCAUCCCCGCUCCCCUCCCCCGGGAAAAAAAAAGCUCACGUUAAGCUGUAGCACCCGGAGGCGGUGACUGGUUAUGUUUCCAUACCAGGAAAUAACCGAAGGAGGCGCCUAUUGCCACCUGCCCCCCACCCCCCCCCCCCC